AUGGCCGAACCAGCUGCGUUUCACGAACUGCCAGCCGCAGCUCACUGGCCAUAUGACAGUGAGCCGACGGUUGCGAAUUUCCAGCCAACAGAUGCGAACCUGGAGCCGCCUGCUGCGGCUCACGAGCCGCACGGCUGCGGCUGGCGAGCCGUACGGCUGCGUGUCGCGAGCCGACGGCCGCGGCUGGUGAGCCGCACGGCUGCGGCUAGCGAGCCGUACGGCUGCGUGUCGCGAGCCGUAUGGCUGCGUGUCACGAGCCGACGGCCGCGGCUCCUGAGCCUUGCGGCUGCCGAUUUCGAGCCGGUGGCUGCGAAUUUUGAGCCAAUGGCUGUGCUCGCGAGCCCUGAAUGCGAAACAUCGGAGAAAGUUAAGUGUAAUAAAGAGGAAUUAAGCACAAAUUUAGAAGAAUUAAGCACAAAUAUAGAAGACGGAGAAAGAAGAAUUAGAAAUAAGAGAUCUAGUAGUCUCCUACCAAAUGGAUGCCCCACACAAUUCAGUAUUAACAAAUUGUUACCACACGAUGACUGUACUAAAUUCUACCAAUGCUCGUUUGGUAUAAAGGUAGAGACGGAUUGCCCCGAUGGAUUGCAUUUUAAUGCUAGAUCAGAGAAUUGUGACAGCCCAGAAAAUGCUGGUUGCGAAACGAAAUGGCUACCCAAUGGGUGUCCUAAAGACUUUGGGGUGCACCACCUCUUACCCCACGAAUCGGACUGUUCGAAGUUCUAUUAUUGUGAGUUUGGAGACAAGGUCGAGAGGAAUUGUCCAGCGGGACUUUAUUUUGACCCAAAGAUACAGGUUUGCAACUGGCCGAGCGCAGUCGAUUGCAACUCAUCAACAACUGAAGGAGCCCCAACAACAACAACAACGUACCCAACAACACCGCGUGCUCCGACAACAACACCAGAGGUUCCAACAACAACAAUGCGUGCACCAACAACAACUGAAGGAGCCCCAACAACAACAACAACGUACCCAACAACACCGCGUGCUCCGACAACAACAACAGAGGUUCCAACAACAACAAUGCGUGCACCAACAACAAACGAAGGAGCGUGGUUGCCCAACGGCUGCCCAGCGAAUUUUAACAUACAUCAUUUGUUACCACAUGAGUAUGACUGUAGCAAGUUCUACAUUUGUAACUUUGGAGAGAAAGUCGAAAGAAGUUGUGCGCCUGGGACUCAUUUCGAUCCGAGCUUACAGGUUUGUAACUGGCCAUAUAACGUGAAUUGCACUACCUCGAGCACGCAACGUCCAAUAACAACAACGAGCACUACUACGACAACAUUACCUCCUACGACCGUACCUCCUACAACAACAACCACAACAGAGGCGCCAACCACAACAGAGGAGCCAUCAACAACCACGACACAGGAGCCAACGACAACAACGAGUACUACUACGACAACAUUAUCUUCUACGACCGUAACUCCUACAACAACAACCAUGACAGAGAAGCCAACAACAACAACGAGUACUACUACGACAACUUUACCUCCUCCAACCGUACCUCCUACAACAACAACCACAACAGAGGAGCCAACAACAACAACGAGUACUACUACGACAACAUUACCUCCUCCAACCGUACCUCCUACAACAACAACCACAACAGAGGAGCCAACAACAACAACGAGUACUACUACGACAACAUUAGCUCCUACGACCGUACCUUCUACAACAACAACCACAACAAAGGCGCCAACAACAACAGAGGAGCCAACCACAACAGAGGAGCCAACAACAACCACGACAGAGGAGCCAACAACAACAACGACAGAGGAGCCAACAACAACCACGACAGAGGAGUCAACAACAACAACGAGUACUACUACGACAACAUUACCUCCUCCAACCGUACCUCCUACAACAACAACCACAACAGAGGAGCCAACAACAACAACGAGUACUACUACGACAACAUUAGCUCCUACGACCGUACCUCCUACAACAACAACCACAACAGAGGCGCCAACCACAACAGAGGAGCCAACAACAACUACGACAGAGGAGCCAACUACAACCACGACAGAGGAGCCAACAACAACCACGACAGAGGAGCCAACGACAACAACGAGUACUACUACGACAACUUUACCUCCUCCAACCGUACCUCCUACAACAACAACCACAACAGAGGAGCCAACAACAACAACGAGUACUACUACGACAACAUUAGCUCCUACGACCGUACCUUCUACAACAACAACCACAACAAAGGCGCCAACCACAACAGAGGAGCCAUCAACAACCACGACACAGGAGCCAACGACAACAACGAGUACUACUACGACAACAUUAUCUUCUACGACCGUAACUCCUACAACAACAACCAUGACAGAGAAGCCAACAACAACAACGAGUACUACUACGACAACUUUACCUCCUCCAACCGUACCUCCUACAACAACAACCACAACAGAGGAGCCAACAACAACAACGAGUACUACUACGACAACAUUACCUCCUCCAACCGUACCUCCUACAACAACAACCACAACAGAGGCGCCAACCACGACAGAGGAGCCAACAACAACCACGACAGAGGAGCCAACGACAACAACGAGUACUACUACGACAACUUUACCUCCUCCAACCGUACCUCCUACAACAACAACCACAACAGAGGAGCCAACAACAACAACGAGUACUACUACGACAACAUUAGCUCCUACGACCGUACCUUCUACAACAACAACCACAACAAAGGCGCCAACAACAACAGAGGAGCCAACCACAACAGAGGAGCCAACAACAACCACGACAGAGGAGCCAACAACAACAACGACAGAGGAGCCAACAACAACCACGACAGAGGAGUCAACAACAACAACGAGUACUACUACGACAACAUUACCUCCUCCAACCGUACCUCCUACAACAACAACCACAACAGAGGAGCUAACUACAACCACGACAGAGGAGCCAACGACAACAACGAGUACUACUACGACAACAUUACCUCCUACGACCGUACCUCCUACAACAACAACCACGACACAGGAGCCAACGACAACAACGAGUACUACCACGACAACAUUACCUCCUACGACCGUACCUCCUACAACAACAACCACAACAGAGGCGCCAACCACAACAGAGGAGCCAACAACAACUACGACAGAGGAGCCAACUACAACCACGACAGAGGAGCCAACAACAACCACGACACAGGAGCCAACGACAACAACGAGUACUACCACGACAACAUUACCUCCUACGACCGUACCUCCUACAACAACAACCACAACAGAGGCGCCAACCACAACAGAGGAGCCAACCACAACAGAGGAGCCAACAACAACCACGACACAGGAGCCAACGACAACAACGAGUACUACUACGACAACAUUAGCUCCUACGACCGUACCUUCUACAACAACAACCACAACAGACGCGCCAACAACAACAGAGGAGCCAACCACAACAGAGGAGCCAACAACAACCACGACAGAGGAGCCAACAACAACAGAGGAGCCAACCACAACAGAGGAGCCAACAACAACCACGACAGAGGAGCCAACGACAACAACGAGUACUACUACGACAACUUUACCUCCUACGACCGUACCUCCUACAACAACAACCACAACAGAGGCGCCAACCACAACAGAGGAGCCAACCACAACAGAGGAGCCAACAACAACAGAGGAGCCAACAACAACCACGACAGAGGAGCCAACAACAACCACGACAGAGGAGCCAACAACAACCACGACACAGGAGCCAACGACAACAACGAGUACUACCACGACAACAUUACCUCCUACGACCGUACCUCCUACAACAACAACCACAACAGAGGCGCCAACCACAACAGAGGAGCCAACCACAACAGAGGAGCCAACAACAACCACGACACAGGAGCCAACGACAACAACGAGUACUACUACGACAACAUUACCUCCUACGACCGUACCUCCUACAACAACAACCACAACAGAGGCGCCAACCACAACAGAGGAGUCAACAACAACUACGACAGAGGAGCCAACGACAACAACGAGUACUACUACGACAACUUUACCUCCUCCAACCGUACCUCCUACAACAAUAACCACGACAGAGGAGCCAACGACAACAACGAGUACUACUACGACAACAUUACCUCCUACGACCGUACCUCCUACAACAACAACCACGACACAGGAGCCAACGACAACAACGAGUACUACCACGACAACAUUACCUCCUACGACCGUACCUCCUACAACAACAACCACAACAGAGGCGCCAACCACAACAGAGGAGCCAACCACAACAGAGGAGCCAACAACAACCACGACACAGGAGCCAACGACAACAACGAGUACUACUACGACAACAUUACCUCCUACGACCGUACCUCCUACAACAACAACCACAACAGAGGCGCCAACCACAACAGAGGAGUCAACAACAACUACGACAGAGGAGCCAACGACAACAACGAGUACUACUACGACAACUUUACCUCCUCCAACCGUACCUCCUACAACAAUAACCACGACAGAGGAGCCAACGACAACAACGAGUACUACUACGACAACAUUACCUCCUACGACCGUACCUCCUACAACAACAACCACGACACAGGAGCCAACGACAACAACGAGUACUACCACGACAACAUUACCUCCUACGACCGUACCUCCUACAACAACAACCACAACAGAGGCGCCAACCACAACAGAGGAGCCAACAACAACCACGACAGAGGAGCCAACGACAACAACUACGACAGAGGAGCCAACGACAACAACUACGACAGAGGAGCCAACGACAACAACGAGUACUACUACGACAACAUUACCUCCUACGACCGUACCUCCUACAACAACAACCACAACAAAGGCGCCAACCACAACAGAUGCGCCAACCCCAACAGAGCAGCCAACAACAACCACGACAGAGGAGCCAACAACAACCACGACUACUCCUACAACAACAAUCACGACAGAAAUGUCUACAACAACAGAAGAGGUUCCUAUUACAACAAUAACAUCGACAACGGAAGAGGUUAUAGCGACAACUACAUCGGCUAGUAUAACUACACCGCCUAGCAUCUGCCCUCCUGGAUUUUUCGGGAACACGGCCCAUCCGUAUGAAUGUGACAAGUAUUACUUAUGCUCGGGAGGCAAUGCCACGUUGCUGCGGUGCGCCAGUGGUUUCGAGUUCGAUCCUCUUGUUUCGCAUUGCGUCCCAAUUUCUGAGAAUGGCUGUUUCGCUGGCCAAGGCCAAUGGACACCGACGCUACCGCCGACAACAACGGAAACCUCACUCCCGACAACAGUAACAGCUAUUGAUGCAGUACCAACAACAACAGAGGAAGUUCAAACUACUACAACUAGUACUACUACGACAUCACUACCUCCUCCAACAACAACGACGGAAGAGUCAAGAACAACAGAGGAGGAAACAAGUACUACAACAACAACAACACUACCUCCUCCAACCUUACCUCCAACAACGACAACCACUACUGGGGAGCCAACAACCACGGCAGAGGUGCCGACAACAGAGGAGGAAACAACAACGAGUACUACUACUACAAGUUUACCUCCUCCAACCAUACCUCCCACAACAACAACCACGACAGUGGAACCAACAACAACAGAGGAAACAACAACACAUAUUUCAACGACAACAACAACAGAUGUAGUACCUACAACAACAGAGGAGGGUCAAACUACAACAACUACUCUACUUCCUCCAACAACAACACCCAGUAUUUGCCCUCCAGGGUUUUUCGGAAACGUCGCGCAUCCAUUUGAGUGUGACAAGUACUACUUAUGUUUGGGAGGCGUCGCCACGUUGCUGACUUGCGCUGCUGGUUCCGAAUUUGAUCCGGUAACCGCGGCAUGCGCUCCGAUUUCCGAAAAUGGUUGUUUCGCUGGCCAAGGCAAAUGGACACCGACGAUACCACCGACAACAACGGAAACCGCAUUCCCGACAACAGUGACAGAUACUGAUGGAGUUGAAACUACAACAACAACAGAGGAGGUUUCAACGAUAACGACUACACUACCUCCUCCGACCAUACCUCCUACAACAACAAUAACGGCAGAGGUGCCAACAACAACAGAGGAGAAAACUACAACAACUAGUACCACUACAACCAUAUCACCCACAACAACCAUAACGACAGAGGUACCAACAACGACAGAGGAGGAAACAACUACUAGUACUACAACUACAACACUACCUCCUCCGACGAUACCUCCUACAACAACCACGACGGAGGUGUCAACAACAGAAGAGGGAACAACAAUAACUAGUACUACUACGACGACAUUACCUCCUCCAACCGUACCUCCCACAACGACAACCACAAAAGAGGUGCCAACAACAACCACGACAGAGGAGCCAACGACAACAACGACAGAAGAGCUAACGACAACAACGAGUACUACUACGACAACAUUACCUCCUACGACCGUACCUGCUACAACAACAACCACGACAGAGGAGCCAACAACAACCACGACAGAGGAGCAAACCACAACAACGACAGAAAAGCCAACGACAACGACGAGUACUACUACAACAUUACCUCCUACGACCGUACCUCCUACAACAACAACCACGACAGAGGAGCCAACGUCAACAAUGACUACUACUACGACAAAAUUAACUCCUCCGACCCUAUCUCCUACAACAACAACCACAACAGAGGUGCCAACAACAACCACGACAGAGGUGUCAACAACAGAAGAGGGAACAACAAUUAGUACUACUACGACGACAUUACUUCCUCCCACCGUACCUCCCACAACGACAAUCACGACAGAAGUGCCAACAACAACAGAAGAAGUACUUCUAACAACAACACCCAGUAUAUGCCCUCCAGGAUUUUUCGGGAACGUCGCUCAUCCAUAUGAGUGUGACAAAUACUACUUAUGUUUGGGAGGCGUUGCUACGUUGCUGACUUGCGCUGCUGGUACCGAAUUCGAUCCAGAUACUGCGGGAUGCGUUCCAAUUUCCGAAAACGGUUGUUUCGCUGGCCAAGGCAAAUGGACACCGACGUUACCGCCGACAACAACGGAAACCUCAUUCCCGACAACAGUGACAGAUACUGAUGGUGUUGAAACUACAUCAACAACAGAGGAGGUUUCAACGAUAACGACUACACUACCUCCUCCGACCAUACCUCCUACAACAACAAUAACGACAGAGGUGCCAACAACAACAGAGGAGAAAACUACAACAACUAGUACAACUACAACAACACUACCUCCUCCAACCGUACCUCCUACAACGACAACCACGACAGAAGUGCCAACAACAACAGAGGAGGAAACAACAACAACUAGUACUACUACAACAACACUGCCUCCCACAACCAUACCUCCUACAACGACAACCAUGACAGAAGUGCCAAAAACAACAGAGGAGGAAACAACAACAACAACUAGUACUACUACAACAACACUACCUCCUACAACGACAACCACGACAGAAGUGCCAACAACAACAGAGGAGGAAACAACAGCAACUAGUACUACUACAACAACACUACCUCCUACAACCAUAUCUCCUACAACGACAACCACGACAGAAGUGCCAAAAACAACAGAGGAGGAAACAACUACUAGUACUACAACUACAACACUACCUCCUCCGACGAUACCUCCUAUAACAACCACGACGGAUGUGUCAAUAACAGAAGAGGGAACAACAAUAACUAGUACUACUACGACGACAUUACCUCCUCCAACCGUACCUCCCACAACGACAACCACAAAAGAGGUGCCAACAACAACCACGACAGAGGAGCCAACGACAACAACGACAGAAGAGCUAACGACAACAACGAGUACUACUACGACAACAUUACCUCCUACGACCGUACCUGCUACAACAACAACCACGACAGAGGAGCCAACAACAACCACGACAGAGGAGCAAACCACAACAACGACAGAAGAGCCAACGACAACAACGAGUACUACUACGACAACAUUACCUCCUACGACCGUACCUCCUACAACAACAACCACGACAGAGGAGCCAACGUCAACAACGACAGAGGUGUCAACAACAGAAGAGGGAACAACAAUUAGUACUACUACGACGACAUUACUUCCUCCCACCGUACCUCCCACAACGACAAUCACGACAGAAGUGCCAACAACAACAGAAGAAGUACUUCUAACAACAACACCCAGUAUAUGCCCUCCAGGAUUUUUCGGGAACGUCGCUCAUCCAUAUGAGUGUGACAAAUACUACUUAUGUUUGGGAGGCGUUGCUACGUUGCUGACUUGCGCUGCUGGUACCGAAUUCGAUCCAGAUACUGCGGGAUGCGUUCCAAUUUCCGAAAACGGUUGUUUCGCUGGCCAAGGCAAAUGGACACCGACGUUACCGCCGACAACAACGGAAACCUCAUUCCCAACAACAGUAACAGUUACUGAUGGAGUUGAAACUACAACAACAGAGGAAGUUUCAACGACAAAGACUACACUGCUUGCUUCGACCCCACCUGCUACAACAAUAACAUUAACAACGACGACGACGACGGAGGUGCCAAAAACAACAGAGGAGGAAACAACAACAACUAGUACUACCACAACAACACUACCUCCUACAACGACAACCACGACAGAAGUGCCAAAAACAACAGAGGAGGAAACAACAACAACUAGUACUACUACAACAACACUACCUCCUACAACGACAACCACGACAGAAGUACCAAAAACAACAGAGGAGGAAACAACAACAACUAGUACUACUACAACAACACUACCUCCUCCAACCUUACCUCCUACAACGACAACCACGACAGAAGUGUCAACAACAACAGAGGAGGAAACAACAACAACUAGUACUACUACAACAACACUACCUCCUACAACGACAACCACGACAGAAGUGCCAACAACAACAGAGGAGGAAACAACAGCAACUAGUACUACUACAACAACACUACCUCCUACAACCAUACCUCCUACAACGACAACCACGACAGAAGUGCCAAAAACAACAGAGGAGGAAACAACAACAACUAGUACUACUACAACAACACUACCUCCUGCAACCAUACCUCCUACAACGACAACCACAACAGAAGUAACAACAAUAACAGAUGAGGAAACAACAACAUCAACUAGCACUACAACGACAACAAUUCCUCCUCCAACUAUACCUCCUGCGACAACAACAGAGGCCGUUUCUACAACAAUAACUACGACGACGAUAAAGGAGGUGCCAACAACAGAAGAGGUUUUAACGACACCAACUAGUGCCACUACAACAACACCCAGUAUAUGCCCUCCAGGAUUUUUCGGAAACGUCGCGCAUCCGUAUGAAUGUGACAAGUACUACUUAUGUUUGGGAGGCGUUGCCACGUUGCUGACUUGCGCUGCUGGUACCGAAUUCGAUCCAGAUACGGCAGGAUGUGUUCCGAUUUCCGAAAACGGUUGUUUCGCUGGCCAAGGCAAAUGGACACCAACGUUACCGCCGACAACAAUGGAAACCUCAUUCUCGACAACAGCAACAGUUACUGACGAAGGUGAAACUAUAACAAUAAACGGCACUACAACUAUGCGUCAGACGACUGAAUCUUCUGACGAAACAACAACUUCACAAGAAAUAACAGACACUUCUGAUAACACAACAUUAGAACUAGUUACAACAACGGUGUCCUUUACAACAGUUCCCAGUAAUGUAACAACAACUGAAUCUGGAACAACAAUUAAUGCAACGACGACAGAGUUUGAAACGACAGCAACAGCAAAGCCUGGAACAACAGUCCCUAGUAACACAACAACAACUGAGUAUGAUUCGACAGGAACAACAGAUUCCGGCAUAACAGUUCCUAGUCACGAAACAACAGUUCCAAGUAACGCGACAACAACUGAGUAUGAUUCAACAGCUACUACAGAUUCUGGCAUAACAGUUCCUAGUAACGAAACAACAAUUCCAAGUAACGCAACAACAACUGAGUAUGAUUCAACAGGAACAACAGAGUCUGGCAUAACAGUUCCUAGUAACGAAACAACAGUUCCAAGUAACGCGACAACAACUGAGUAUGAUUCAACAGCUACUACAGAUGCUGGCAUAACAAUUCCUAGUAACGAAACAACAAUUCCAAGUAACGCAACAACAACUGAGUAUGAUUCAACAGGAACAACAGAUUCUGGUAUAACAGUUCCUAGUAAUGAAACAACAGUUCCAAGUAACGCAUCCACAACUGAGUAUGGUUCAACAGUUACCACAGAUUCUGGUAUAACAGUUCCAAGUAACGCAACAACAACCGAGUAUGAUUCAACAGUGACUACAGAGUCUGGAAUUAAUGAAACAACAAUCGUAUAUGAAACAACAAUAUCAACAGAAUCUGGAACAACACUUCCCAGCAAUGAAACAACAACCGAGACUCUAACAACAGUUCCCAUAAAUCAAACAACAACGGAGUCUGUAACAUCAGUUGCUAGCACAACAGAUAUAGUUACAAAAACAAGUACAACAGAGAAUGUUCCAACAACGACUGUGACUCCUAAUAUAUGCCCACCAGGAUUAUUCGGAAAUAUACCGCAUCCGUAUAGAUGUGACUUGUAUUUCUUAUGUUUGGGAGGAACUGCUGUUCCUUUGGAAUGCCCAGCUGGUACUGAAUUUGAUCUGGUUGAUCGGGAAUGCGCUCCGAUUUCAGAAAAUGGAUGUUUUGCUGGCCAAGGUAAAUGGACACCGACGUUACCGCCGACAACAACCGAGAUCUUAUUCACUACAACAGUUACUACUGAUGAAGUUGAUACAACAACAAUAAGUGACACUACAACUGUGCGACAGACGACAGAAUCCCCUGUUGAAACAACAACUUCACAAGAAAUAACAGAUACUACAGAUAAUACAACAUUAGAACUAACAACAACUACGGCGUCCUACACAACAGUUCUCAGUAACGUAACUACAACAGAAUUCAUAACAACAACCGAGUAUGAUUCAACAAGAACAACAGAUUCUGGCAUAACAAUUCCUAGUAACGAAACAACAGACCCUAGUAAUGCAACAACAAUUGAGUAUGAUUCAACAGCAACUACAGAGUCCGACAUAACAGUUACAACAACAGGAUACGAAACAACAGCGUCAGAAACAUCACUUCCAAGUAAUGAAACAACAACAGAGUCUGUAAUAAUAGGAAGCACGACAGAGCUAGCUAUAGGAACUACGACGGGCAAAACAGAGAUAACAACAGAAAAUGAGGCGACAACCACCACCCCCUCUAUAUGUCCUCCAGAAUUCUUCGGCAAUAAACCACAUCCGUAUAGAUGUGACUUAUAUUUCUUAUGUUUGGGAGGAACUGCUGUACCACUAGAAUGCGCAGCCAACACUGAAUUCGACCCGGUUGUUGCGGAAUGCGUCCUUAUAACUGAAAACGGCUGUUUUGCCAAUCAAGGUAAAUCCACACCGACGGAACCUCAAACCACUGAAUCUGCAACUAUUCAAGAUACAGACGCCACUACAAAAGAUAAUGAAAACGGUGAAUUAGAUCCGACUACAGAAAGAAAAAGUACAAUCAGCAAUACAACGGCAGAAGAUUAUGAGACUACAUCAGUUCUAAUACAAACCACAGUAGAUGUUUCUGCUAGUACUGCGUCUAUAGAGACCACGACUAGUAACAUAUGCCCACCAGGAUACUCUGGUUAUAUAGCAGACCCUGUGCAAUGCGAUAGGUUCUUCCACUGUGUGGUUGGUAAUGCUAUACCACUUUACUGUCCAGCUGGCUUAGAAUACGACCCUGCUUCCAAGCAAUGUGUACGGAUUUCGGAAAACGGUUGUUUUGCGUCUCAAGGAAAAUGGACUUCAACUGUAACACAACAAACAGAAUCUGGUGCAACAGAAGUUACGACUUUAAACAACAACGACAACACUGAUGCAACAACAGUGCCCAGUCACACAACAAGGGAGGAAGAUGCAACAAUAGAUGAUUACAAAACUACAACUGAAGUAGUUGAUGAAGUUGUAACAGCAACAACUAUUAGCUCAGAUGAUUCUGACAUUACCUCAGAUAAUCCUACAUUUACAACAGAGAUAAAUGAUGUAUCAACCACCGAAGCAGAUUACACAACACAACAAAAUGAUGAUCCAACUGCAGAAGAUUCACAGAAAACUACAGUAUCAGUAACUGGCACUACAAAUUUCGCGACAACUGAGCAAAAUGAUAAUCAAGACUCUACAAGUACAACAACUGAAAUAGGUUCAACUACAGAACAAAAUGACAUAGAUUCAACGAGCGUUCAACCAAAAACGACUACUCAAGCAGAUUCAACUACAAAUGACAAUGAAACUACAACAAGAAAAGUAGUUUAUACUACAGUACAAAAUGACAAUGAUAACGAAGGUGAAUCUACAAAGGAUCAAACAACUACAGUAAACAUAGAUACUACUACAGAAAAAGUUAUGACUGAUGCAGUAUCGGUAACCACUCCAGGAACAGUGAAUGAUCCUUCAGCGAACAUAUGCCCACCUGGCUUUUCUGGGUUCAUAGCAGACCCAGCAGCAUGUAACAGCUUCUACCAGUGUAUAGUUGGCCAUCCGAUAAGAUUAUUCUGCGGUUCUGGAAGCGAAUUCGACCCCGUUUCCUUGCAAUGUGUACCAAUUUCACCGGACGGCUGUUACGCAGCUAAAGGUUUGUACACACCAACUGAGGAGGCAUCAAAAACAACAGAAUCACUAGACGACAAACCGACUACUGUUGGUGAAGAUGGAAAAGCAACAACGCAAUAUCUGACAAGUACAACAAAAACUAAAGACUGGGGAGAAGAAGGCGACGAUGAUGACGCUGGCAACACAGAAACAACAGCGUCUGUAGAGACAACAACACAAACAACAGAAUCGAUUGGAACAACAACAAGGAGUCUAUGUCCUCCGGGUGUCUUCGGCAAUAUACCUGAUCCAGAGCGAUGUGAUAGUUUCAUUAUGUGUGCUGCGGGUAUGGCCAUACCGCUUUACUGCAGUGAAGGCUUCGAAUACGAUGACACUAGUCAACAAUGCGUGAAAAUUUCCGAAAACGGGUGUUUCGCAAGACAGCAACAAACUAAUAAACCUGAAACAGAUUUAGAAACAACACCAAAACCGACUACACUGGAACUUCCAACAACAAUCGGUGAUGAAACAACAAAGGAUGUUAAAACAACAGAGAAUGUUGAAACAACAGAGAAAGUUAAAACAACAGAGAAUAUUGAAGCAACGCCAGUGAUUUGUCCACCAGAAGUCUUCGGCAAUGUGGCACAUCCCGAAAGAUGUGAUAAAUUCUACUUGUGUGCUGGUGGUACGGCCAUUCCCUUGUAUUGUGGAGCCGGAUUCGAAUUUGAUCCUGUUCAAAGGCAAUGUGCGGCGAUUUCUGAAAACGGAUGCACGGCUUCAAGAAGUUAAGAGCACCAACGAACAGCGCCUGUUUAUAUUGACUCAUGAUAAUAUGUGGCCUUCACAAAGGAAAGAAAAUGAUUAGGAAGGAAAUGAUUAAC